AUGUUUCGAUCAUGCUCUACAAAUAACUUUAAACAUUGGAUUGAUAGCACACUAGGUUAUGCUGAGUGCUUAGUAAGAUUGGAAGAGAAUUGUAUUUACGUGCAGUUCCAGCUUGCUGUAAAAGGUAAUUCUGUAAAAGGUGCUGUAUUCCCAGCACCACAACAACAAAACCUUAAAACUUUCCCUGUGGAAACCAGACACCCAACACAGUAUAAUGAACAACGGCAAUCUGAAGAAGGCCUAAAACCAUACAGAUAUUGUGUACUUUUCAAUUCAAGUCAAUUUGGAGUCGAGCGUCUUGAAAUUUAUGAAACAAAAGAAGAUAAAAAUCCAAAAAUUGUUACAAUGGAAAAUUGUGUAAAAAUUACAUUAGAAAGUUCGUUAUCUAAUACAAUUCUGGUUGUAAAAAAAGCAGAGACAUUAACCUUAAACGCAUUGUCUAAAGAAGAUCAAAAGAAUUGGGUCAGAGCUUUACAAACAGUAGCAUUUCGUGAUAAAAAUGGAUCAUUUAACUCACUUUUUGGUAUUGAAGAAGAUAAUGAUUUAUAUUGUUCGUCCUAUAGUGAUGCAUUGUAUGCAGUUACGCUUAUCCCAUCUGUAACUUCUGAGAAAUGUAAUAUAGAACCUAAGAAUUAUAUGUUACAUUUAACUACAACAGAACUGCAAUUAAAAUCAAAAGAAAAUAUAAGUAUUAUAGCAACAUGGCCUUAUAGAUUUAUACGUAAAUAUGGAUAUCGGGAUGGAAAAUUUACUUUUGAAGCAGGUCGGAAAUGUUCCACAGGCGAAGGAAUUUUUAUCCUAGAUCACACUAAUCCAAAAGAUAUAUUUAGAUGUAUGUCAUCGAAAAUGAAAUCUAUGAAAAGACUUAUUUCUACAGACAAAAAAAUCAAUGAUGAAAAUCCUUUAAGUGCAGCAGUCUGCAUGGAAGCGAGAUCUCGCAGUCCUUUAAUACCUUCACCAACCAGUCAGUUAUCCAAUUCAAUUCACGGAAAUUUCUCAUUAAAAGGUUUAUUUUCUUCAGAUGACUUCAUCAGUAAUGUUGUAAUUAAUGAAAAAAUUUCUAAUAUGGAAUCUAAUUUUGAACAAAAAUCGGUUCAGUUAAUUCCAAAAAAACCAAAUCGAAAAAUAUUUUCUCUGAAUAAACCAAUUUCGGAAACGUUAUUGUUAACACAAAUGAAAUCUCUUCCGCAUCUUACCUCUCAAAAUAAUACACAAUUAAAAGAUGCAAACCCAAAUGUGUUAGAAAAUUCUGACUCGAUUGUAAUUGACUCAUCAAUUGAAUGUGCUAAUAUUUGUGCAACUGAUGAAGUUUAUAUUAAUUCAAAAUCUAAUGCUAAAAAGUUACUGAUAAAUAAAAUUGUAUCGGAUAGUAAUUAUGAAUGCAUAGAAUGCAUAACGAAUGCAUGGAAAACCCUUGGUAUUGGAGAAGUAAACCAUACAGAGCGACUUAUGAAUGAUACUGAUGAUAAUUAUGUAAUUGAUGCAGAGAAGAAAUCAAAAUAUAAUAAAGAACCAUCAAUAAAAAAUCCACAAAUUCUAGACAUAGAUAUUGGUGAGAUUGGUAAUAAUAACUUAACACCUGAUGCAUGUUAUGAUCAUUUAGACUUUUUAUUACCUAAUAAUGUGUCUUCAAGUGGAUACAAAACUAUAGUUAAUGUAACUGGACAUGAUAAAUCUAUGGUUGUAAACACCACAGUUUUCAAUGAGUAUGAGUCAAUUGAAUCUCCUGAGUUUUUGCCGUUGCGAAAAGCUGAAGAUAGUCAUAUAGGAUAUGGUGUUCUUCGCAAAAAAAAAACAAUUAAUCAAAUAAAUUGUUAAAUAUUUAAUAUCUUGUGAAAUAUUAUAUGAGCAAAUGGUACUGCCUGUUAUAAAUUCAAAAUAACAAAAAUUUAACCUGAAGGACUGUAUCUCAAAUAUAUAUAACUAAUACAAUAAUACUUAC